GAGGCAUUUCGAUUUCAUUUGCUGUUCAUUUCGAUUUGUUAUUUAAAACUAAAACUAAAUUCUUUAAGCCGCUUUUUGGUGAAAAGGAAAAGUCUGUAUAUAAAUUGCUAGUACUGUUAAAGUGCGUUGCUCAAUUUGUGACAUAAAUAAAGCAGCCGGGCAACGAAGAAUUAUAUUAAAAAAACCAAAUCAAGAACUAUUCAACAAAGCGCUUAAGGUAAGUCCAACUAGUUGCAAUGGAGUCCAGUAGCAAUAGCCUGAAGCGCAUGCGCUCUGAAGAUGAUGAGAGUAACAACAAUGUAACGCAAACUAAGGUUUGGGUCAAUGAAAAAAUAAACAAUUCACGCGAUCCAGACAAAAUGAAAGCAGUACAUGAAAAAACCACAAAGAUGCUGUUCAAGGCUGCUGCAAACAUGGACAACAGAUCGGAGUCUGAAGACAGCGCCGUACCGGUGCCCGCCGCUCCAACUCUCAAUCUAUGCGAUCAAUACCAGCUGAUCGGCGAUGGCAAUAUUAUAUUGCGCGACCUGAAUCCAGAUGUGGCCAAUCCUACUUUGGAGCGCCGCAUUUCAGCUUGCUGCCAACGUCCAACACUUAUCCGUGGCAACUGCGUGAAUUGCACUUUUGAUUUAUGCGAAGAAUGUGGCUAUUCUUGUGUUGAAUGCAGUCAGUUUAUUUGUCGCACCUGUGUCACCUUGUUCGGCAAUCGUCCGGAGGAAGCUGAGCAUCCUUUGUGCGAACUCUGCCAAAUGUUUGUGGCUUAAGGAAAUACUAUAUACAAACAUAAAGUUAUUUUAAUUUUAGCCAAAGCAACUUAACACCAUUCACAACAAGUACAAACACACAUCAAUCAAUGUAUAUACACUAAUAUGUAUUUAAGUCAUCAUCAAACAUCUGUUAAUCUCAUAUACUACUGAUAGAUGCAUCAACUUGAACUGUUUAACUCACAACUCGCGGCAUUCAUAUAAAUCAUCAAUUUAAUUUCAUUAUUU